AUGCCUAGCACGAAGCGGAAAGGCUCUACCGAUUCGGCCCAACAGAAUGACACGAAGCGCGGUAAACCGGACCUCUCCGAGCCUCAUCCAAAGGCUGACGUCGCCGAAAAAUUUGGCAUCGUUCUACGCGACUACUACCCUUCCGAGAUGAGCAAUGCGCGCUGCCAGGCGUACAUGGAUGGCACGCUAGAGCGGCCGAUUGAAACAAUACAGCGCGCCUAUGAAGAGACAACCGGCGAGCGCAAGAACGUCUCCGAGCCCGGGAAAGCUGUGGUACACUGGUUCAAAUCAGAUUUGCGCCUGCUGGACAAUCGCGCGCUACAUAAUGCGUAUCUCACUGCGCAGGAGCACAAGGUGCCCCUUAUAUGUCUGUACCUUUUCUCACCAGAGGAUUUAAACGCGCACCUGGUUAGCCCAGCGCGCGUGGAUAUGAUACUACGUACGCUAUCACAGCUCCAAAGAGAGCUUGCGGAACGGGAUAUCCCUUUGUACGUGGAAACGCAGGAGAGUCGAAAGAACAUCCCAAAGCGUAUUGUGGAAUUGUGUCAGGAAUGGGGCUCUCAGCAUCUGUUUGCAAAUUUGGAGUACGAAGUAGAUGAGUUACGCCGGGAAGCCAAGGUCAUCCGUCUCUGUGCGGAGAAGGCAAUCAAAUUUGAUGCGUUGCAUGAUACGUGCGUUGUACGUCCGGGCGUACUCACGACUCAGCAAGGCAAGCAGUACGCCGUGUAUACACCCUGGUACCGUACUUGGGUGGCUUAUCUCAAAGAAAAUCCGGAAAACUUGGAAUGUAUGGACGCUCCAGGCGCGAAUGCAGGCCAUGCUCGCACAGACUUCAAAGGUCUGUUCGACAGCGAUAUCCCAUCUGCACCUGAGAACAAGCAAUUGUCUGAAUCUGAACAGCGUCGUUUUCGAGAGCUGUAUCCAGAGGGGGAGCAUGAGGCAAUGCGGCGGCUUGAAACGUUUUUAAAAGACAGGGGAAAGAAAUAUGAUGAACGGCGUGAUUUUCUCGCGGGCGAGACCACGUCUAUUCUGAGUCCGUACUUUGCGUCAGGUGUUUUGAGUGCCAGGACAGCAAUUAACAAGGCAUAUGAGUGCAACGGCAACCGUCUCGAUCGCGGAAAUGCAGGAUAUACGUCGUGGAUCAGCGAGGUGGCGUGGAGAGAUUUCUACAAGCAUGUGCUUGCACACUGGCCAUUUAUUUGCAUGAAUAAAUGCUUCAAACCUGAAUUUACCAACCUCGAAUGGGAAUACGACUCCGCCCACUUCGAGGCGUGGUGUGCCGGCCGCACCGGAUUCCCGAUAGUCGACGCAGCGAUGCGGCAGCUCCAGAGUCUCGCGUGGAUGCACAACCGGGCGCGGAUGAUAGUAUCGUCGUUCCUCUCCAAGGACCUACUGAUUGACUGGCGGCUGGGGGAGCAGCACUUCAUGAAGCAUCUCAUCGACGGCGACUUUGCGUCGAACCACGGCGGGUGGGGGUUUGGGUCCAGCACGGGCGUGGACCCGCAGCCGUAUUUCCGCAUUUUCAACCCGCUGCGGCAGAGCGAGCGGUUCGACGCCACGGGCGAGUAUAUUCGGCGGUGGGUGCCGGAGCUGAGGGAGGUGAAGGGCGCCGCGGUGCAUGAUCCGUAUGGCAGGGGCGCGGCGGCGACGGCGCAGAGGCAUGGGUACCCGCGACCAGUCGUGGAACAUGGCCGCAGCCGCGAGCGCGCGCUGGAUCGCUACAAGAAAGCCGCCGCGCGCAAAGAAUAA